AUGGCCCAACUCAACUACCGCACAAUCAACAUCGACGUCCUCGACCCGGACGCCUCGAUCAACUUCCCCAUGGACACGCUGCUGCCCGCCACCCUGCCGGCCGCGACGACCUCGAGCGCCGCCGCCGCCGUGGCCGGCGAGGUGCGCCAGCUGCUGCGCGGCGGCGACCCGGCCGCGGCGCUGCGCCACGUGCUGGCCACGGCGCCCCUGGGCGGCGACGAGCGCGCCAAGGAGGUCCACCUGGCCGCCGUCACCGAGGUGCUGCAGGGCAUCCGGCAGGCCGAGGUGAGCCGCGUGCUGGAGGAGGUGUGCGCCGGCGCCGACGGCGGGGCGGAGCGCGCGGAUUGUUUGAUGAAGUAUCUCUAUAAAGGCAUGGCCUCCCCCGUCGCCGGCGGCGCCCAGUCCCCCCGCAAAUCGGUCUCGCCGCAGAGUACGGGCUUCUCGCAGAUCCAGGGCCGCAACCUCGGCGAGGGCGGCGGCGGGCAGCAGAUGAGUGUGCUGCUGAGCUGGCAUGAGAAGUUGGUGGAGUUGGUGGGGACGGGGUCGAUUGUGCGGGUGAUGACGGAUCGGAGGACGGUUUAGCUUGUUGCUGUUCGUGUGUUGAUUUGUGGUACGAAUGGGAGAUAGAUGAUUUUACCUCGUAUCCCAUCUCAUGGUCAACUGCCCAGGUUACCGUAUAUAUUGUGCGCCAUCUUUUUUCUUUUUUUGCUCGGGACUAUAUCAUACACUUUUUGUUUUCC